UAUAUCUAGUGACAUUUAUCAUUAUCUAAGGCCAGCUGCCUGACUUCUCUUCAGUGCUCUGUUUAUGGGGUUUGAACAUCUAUAAAUGGAAACACUAGCUAACCAGAAAUUAUCGCCAGGGCUUUCUGAUAGUGUCCUGAGCUCUCACAACUUGGAAUGUCCUGCAAUAUCUAACAUGUAAGCACGUCAAAUCAUUUUCUAGACAGAAUCUGAAUCUCUUUUUCUGUUUCUCUCUCUCUCUCUCUCUCCCACUGUCUCUCUGUCUCUCUCAUUCUCUUGCAACAUGGAAUUUGAAAAGCAUGAAAAAGGAAGCUUAUUAAAUGAGAAUUUAGAGGAGAAACUGACGGUCUCUUCUGGUGAUUCUGAAGCCAAACCUCUGAUCUUCACUUUUGUCCCCACUGUCAGAAGACUACCAACCCACUCUAAGUUGGCUGACACCUCUAAAUUCCUUGUUAAAAUUCCUGAGGAACCAAGUGAUAAGAAUCCAGAAACUGUAAAUAGGUCUGAUUCCAAUGAGUACUUGACCUUGAAUGCUGGGAGCCAACGGGAGAGAGACCAAGGAACAUUGAUUUAUCCUUCAGAGGUCAGUGAAAAUAUUUCACAAGGAAGGGGACUCAAAGCAAACGAACUUCAAGGAAUGCAGCAAAGUGACCUCUUUAAAGCUGAAUAUGUCUUUGUUGUGGACUCGGAAGGGGAAGAUGAAUCUACCAGUGGAAAAGGUGAACAAGGCCCCCCUGGAGGGAUGGGCACCACAGCUUCUCGGCCCAAGUCUCUAGCAAUUUCCUCCACUCUGGCCUCUGAUGUGGUACGUCCCAAAACACGGGGGACAGACCUCCAGGCCCCAUCACAUCCUGAAAUGUCUCAUGGGAUUGCCCCUCCACAAAAGCAUGGGCAGUUAACUUCUCCCACUACCUCUGAGCAGCUUGCCUGUAAACCACCUGCUUUCUCCUUUGUUUCUCCAACUAAUCAGAAAACGCCACCUGACCCAGUUAACCUCGACGGAGCCUCUGUGCUAGAGGAAUUCCACACUAGGAGGCUGGAUGUCAGUGGGGCCUUGGUGGAAGAAACAGCUACGUAUUUUCAAACUUCUGCUCACUCUUCACCCUUUUUUGCAUCGAAGGGCACCUCCUCGACGUUACAGUUUCCCCAUUCCACUCAGUUAUCAGGUUCUAAUUUAUCCAGUCCGAGUGCAGCAGAUCAGAAACCUGGACUGGCAUCUGAAGUUCUGAAGAAGACAACAACUUUAAGUUCGCACGUCCUUAGCCCCAGAGAAAGCCCAGGAACCACUUCUCCUUCACCAUCCUCCAGUGCUUCUCUGAAGUCAAAUUCGGCCUCAUACAUACCAGUCCGUAUUGUCACGCAUUCACUCUCUCCAAGUCCAAAACCAUUUACCUCCUCUUUCCAUGGCUCUUCUUCCACUAUCAGUAGCCAAGUGUCAUCUAGUGGAAAUCUCUCAAAGUCAGGGGUGAAAUCCCCAGUGCCCUCCCGGCUUUCUCUUCUCACUGCCAUCCUCAAGUCAAAUCCUUCUCACCAAAGACCCUUUUCCCCUGCAUCCUGUCCCACUUUCUCUCUUAACUCUCUGGCUUCUUCCACACUCACUCUUGAUCAAAAAGCAAAACAAACCCCACCCACACCUAAGAAAUCUCUCUCUAGUUGCUCCCUGAGAGCAGGGUCUCCAGAACAGGGGGAACACCAGGUUUCCGAACUUAGGCAGCAAUCCUUCCACUUACCUUUUCUGGCCAAAUCUACUCCCCUUUCUCAGGCAUGCUCCCUUUCUCCCACAAAACAUGACAGUAGCAGCCUCAUUUCUUUGAAUGUAGGAAAAAUGUCACCCACUUCUUUGAAGAGCAACCCAACACUCUCCCUGCUACAGACUGAUACAUCCAGUUCUGCAAGACUUCCUCCUGUUCCACCAAGUGUUCCUCCUGUUUCUUUGAAGGGCAAACACGAUGUUGACCUCAGGGGCCCAGAAAAGCCCAGGAAUAUUCACAUACAUCCUACAUCAGCCUCCUCUGCAUUAUCUUCUCUGUCUCCUCCCACUAACCAAAGAGCCAUGCUCUCCUCUCCAGAGAAAUGUUUCCAUCCUUCCCCAGCUCUUUCAAACCUGAUAAACAGAUCCAAGAGAGCAGCCCCACAGCUAGGUGGCCAGGGGCAGAACCUUUCAACUCCUCUUUCAACCCCUGUCUCCAGUGCUAGCUCUGCCUCUCUUCCCAAACUGGGGUCCUCCCCUCUCCCUCGUGCUAAUCUGCCGACCCAGGCACUCCAGCUCAGUCCAACACUGUACCCAAAUUGUGGCAGUGGUACCUUGCCUUCAAGACUUGGAAAAUCUGAAAGCUCAGUAUCCAACCACAGGUCAUCUGUUUCAACCCGAUCACCUCCCAUCUCUCUAACAAGAACCAAGGAGCUGAUUUCACCUUAUGCAUUGUCCAUGUCAACAGGCCCUGAAAAUAAGAAACCCAAGCAAUACAAGACCAAGUCAAGCUACAAGGCUUUUGCAGCAAUCCCUACAAACACAUUGCUUUUGGAACAGAAGGCACUCGAUGAGCCAGCCAAGACUGAAAGUGUCUUCAAGGACAACACAUUAGACCCGCCUCUGGAGUUUUGUUUCCCUGCACAGCUCAGACAGCAAACUGAAGAGCUCUGUGCUACCAUUGAUAAGGUCUUACAGGAUUCCUUGUCUAUGAAUUCUUCUGAUUCUCCUUCAAGUUCCUCACAGACAUUGUUGGUUUCUGACACAAUGAAAAUGCCUACAACUCUUCCGAGAGCAGCUGGUCGAGAAACCAAAUAUGCAAACCUGUCCUCCCCAUCCUCUACAGUAUCCGAGAGUCAGCUGACUAAGCCUGGAGUGAUUCGCCCAGUACCUGUAAAAUCCAAAAUAUUACUGAAAAAAGAGGAGGAAAUUUAUGAACCCAACCCUUUCAGUAAAUACCUGGAAGAUGAUAGCGACUUCUUUUCUGAGCAGAUUUCAAGAAAAUCAAACAAAAGGAGAAAUUUUUGAAUAUCAGCCAGUCUGUAUGAAAAAUGCAUGCUGUUGGAUGGAGUCAUUCCUGAUCCUGGGCCUCAUUACAUACCUGCAAAACGUGGGCAUUGUACAAAAUACUUUCAACAGUGCCCUCUUACCCUGAAAUUCUGUGUCUAUGUCUUUAAAUAUUAUUAUAAUAUAAUAAAUAGUAUUAAAUAUUACUUAAAUAUUAUUAUAAUAUGAUAAAUAUUAUUAUUAAAUACUAUUUAAAUACUAUUGCAUGAUAUUUCUCAUCCUUAGGUGAUUUGAAAAAGGAAAAGAAAAAAAGAGCAAGUGUUACUUAGGUCAUACCUUUGGAGAGAUGGAAAGUCUUCUACUCUCCUGCUUAGGUCAAAAUCAUAACAAAUUGUUCUUAUUGCUUGGCAUGCAGUCCCUGCAGUGCUAUGGUUUCCUGAUGAAUGGUGUUGCAGCUUCUCUCCACACUCAUUCCUUUCUCUCUACUCAUAGCAUCCAACCUUUUAAUGUUUGUGCCAGGCUCUGCAAUAGAUAGGAGUGACUCUACUGGAAAAGGAGCAGAUAAUAUCCCUGCAGCAUGAAGCUUAGAUUCUAGGGAAUUCUACAUACUCUGAACUCUGACCUCAGCCUCUUUUUGCCACUCUUAACCUUCUCUGCAAUCCUCCAUACCUCCUCACUCAUAACUGUCCACUGCACACUCAGGCUGCACCUGCCGUGGGCUGCUCCUCUGGUCCUCUGAUCCAUUAAGGGACUGAUCUUGACUGCUAGUAACUGCAGUCCUUGACUCUUCUGCUUCCUGCAAAGGAAACUUUAUGAUAGAAUGCAAUGGAAAGAACAUGGAUUCUAUGUGAGCCUAGAAACUGUGAACUUCAAUUUCAUCCUAGAAAAAUGGGACUACAAGUUCCAUUUGUAAUGGUAUGCAUAUUCAUACCCAUUUAUGAUUCCAUGAAAUAGUCACUGCAAAAGGGCUCUGGACACUUUCAAGGGAGUGCACAUUUGAAAUAUUUAUUGUUAUUGUUUCCUUUAACAUCACUAUAAUUUUGGAAGAAGGGCACUGACUCCUUGCUAAAGGGUCACCAAAUAGGUUCUCCUUCUCCCCACUGUUAGGAGAAGUCACAGAAGUCUCUCUUCUAUGUUGCUUUUUGACUUCUUCAAUAUAAGUUGUUCCCCUCCACCAAAUACAUGUAGGCGGGCAACCUAAGACAAGAAUUAAACUAUGUGUGUAGAAAAACAUAAGACUCAGCAUUUUAACGCUCUAGUGCCCACUGCGAUUGAUUACAGAAUAUUUUCUUCCUUGUCCUUUGAACACGUCGCCAUCAAAUAUCUUCACGCUGAUCUAGUUCAUCUGCUCUGUGAAGCUUGCUGUUAGACAGUCACAGACUCUAAGCCCUAAAUAAUCCAAAGCCUAUCUUCAAAAUUAUAUUUUAAUCAUUUAAAAACUUUUUUUGGUGAAGGGGAUUUGAAAAAGCUAAGCAUAUGCUAUGUCUUUUCAUACUUCGCAAGUUUACAUUUUUUUGGUUCAAAUGAGGAUUUGAAAUAGAUAAGUGUGGCUUUAAGUACGUCUGUUUUUAAAAUGCAUAUGAAUUCUUCAGAAUUAGGACUGAUAAACAAGAAGUUAUACCAUAUGUUCAAAAUUAAGAGACCUAAUUUAUCUUGGCUUGAUCUUCGGGGAAUGUAGAUAAUUACAGUCUCUUCUUGGUAAUUUGGGGUUUCUGUGACAGUGUCUGUAAAAUGCUGAUACGCCUUUGGCUGAAGGAGUCACUGGUUACGAAAUACGUUGUAACUGUUCUUGACUUUAUGAAGGGGGAGGGUGUUGUUUCAAACCGAAACUGUAGCAGAAAUGCUAUAAUUCUGAUUUUUAAAUUGUUACAAGCUCCAGGCAGGAAAGGAAAACUGAAAACAAGGGCUGUAUUUAAAAAUAAGAGGUAGAAGGGAGAGAGGAUGUGGUUAAAGGCUCCAGCAAUGUCACCCAGUGGUGCUCUGAGUUUCCAGGGGCACAAAUAGCUGCAUGUGUGAAGUGGGGACAGAGGGAGCAGAGAGAAAGUAGAUUUUCACCCUUUACUUCGGAACCACAGAAAAGGGGGUAGCUUUCAAAUGCCAGGAUGGAACAAAAGAGUCUCAGAUGUGCAGGCUUUAAUGAAAAGAGCCCAUAGUGCCUUAAAAAUGCCCUUUGGUGUUGCAAUGAAAACAGCUUUUGAAGUUAAAUAGUUUGACUUGAUGGCUGAAUAGAAAGUAGGCUUUUUCUAGAGUGGCAAAUGCAGUCGAUAUGGCUAUAGCAUUCAUUUUUGGAUGUCUGUGUCAAUACUUAAUUCUUCAGUAUCUCCAGUUCUCUUAAUAGACACAGCAAAAUUAAUGUAUUCACUGCAUAUUGUCCGCUACAUUUUCCUCUAAUGAACCAAGGUAUUAUUUGCUUCAUAACUUCUUGUGAUCUUUAAGGUUUUUAGGAUAUGAUAUAAUCAACCAAAAUAAUUAAUCCUUUUCUAAAAACCAAGCUCCUAAGUAAAGCUUAUUUUACUCUGAAAAAAUUUGUGCUGAGUAUUUUUGUAUUGAAAAUGACAAUUCUCAAGUAAAUGAAAAACAGUUUACAGCAUUUUAUUAGAAAUAACUGUUAACAUAUCUCACUGAUAGAAACACGUAUGAGACAAUUUUAUGACUCCUGUCCUUCCCUCAAAAACUAAAACAUUAAAAGAUUCAUCCAUUGAAUGCUAAAGCAGGGUAGAUGAUGUUCAUUUUCAGGAAUCAUUUAGAAUAGUGAUCUCCAAAGUAGUAUCUACCAACCUCAAGAUAAUUCAUUGGGUGGAGGUGGGGUAUGAGUCAGACAUGGUAAAGAUUUUAUUGACUUUUUCCAUCUAAAACAGGGGUCACCAACUAUUACCUGUGGGCCAGAUCUGGUCUACCGCCUGUUCCUAUAAAUAAAAUUUUCUUGGCAUACAACUAUGUCUACUCAUUAUGUAUUACCCAAGGAUGCUUUCAUGCUACCAUGGUAAUUGUGACAGAAUAUAUGGUUCGUAAAACCUAUUACAUAUACUAAGUGGACCUUCACAGAAAGAGUUGGCCACUUCCUGACUUAGAAUUAUAGGAAAUAUUUUAAGCUUUGCUGAUUUAUAUGGGUUUACGAUGGUGUCCUUUGUAAGCCUGAGAGCCAGAUAGUCACAACGUAUGCAUUUUUAAAGUGAGAUUUCUGGGAAAGUGUCAGCUCUCCAGUUUGGUGCAUUGAACAGAGAGCCCUCACUUGGCUGUUGCUUAAGCCUUUUGUCCUUGAUGGAAGUUCAUGUGCCCAGUUGGACAUAUGAUUUAUCACAUUAACUAUUUUUAAGUAAAAUAAUCCUCAUAAAAUUAACAAGUGACUUUACUUUAAAAAACCUCCCACAAAAUAAUCUAAAUUGAAUAUACCACUAAUAUAGGAAUACAUAGCAAGACGUGGCAGAGAUGAUAUAAUAUCUAUAUGUAGUAUAAGCUUUGUUAAUAGCCAUAUUACUAAUUCAUUAUUAAUAAUAAUAUACCCAUUCCUACAUUUAUAGUUUUGUCUUGAGUUUUAACUAAUAAUUAUAUGAUGGCAUCAUAAGAUAGUUACAGAGUAGGCAUCAGGACAUGGAGAAGCUGUGUAAUUUCAGUACUGUUUAAAGACAUGAGGUAUUUAAUAUUACAGUGUUUAAAGUUUUAUGGAAGUCAGUGAUAAGCAUCUUUUUUGAGGAAUAUUCAUAAAGGAAAAAUUAAAAACCCAAUUUAAUUGGAAAUAUAUAUGUUCUUUCUGCUGCAUAAAAUACUGUAAAAUAAUACACAGAAAACUAUAGAAUGAUACACUGAAAUUCAUUCCUUUGAUACCAUUAGAAAUGCUUUGAAAAUGCUUCGAAAACAGCUCUGAAUAUUUAAAGCAGUAAGUAGUGAGCAAGUGACACUAUAUUGUAAUUUUAUGAUACAGUUAGAUCAAAGUAUAGAUUUAAAACUAGUCUCAUUAUAUAGCAUUUGUGUUCUAGAUAUAAAAUAAAAAGAAAGUGACACUUUGGGGACCUAAAAGAGAAAUAAGUCAGAGAAAAUUUACUCCCUAAAGUGAGUGACUUCUUUAUAAUAAAAUUACAGUUCUAUGGGAAAACUGUGAAUGUAUAAUCAGCAAUAGAGUAUAUGAAAACAUUGUAGGUAUGAAGUUGAAGUUACAUCAACAUCCACAGAUAGUUAUGAUGACAGGGAUGAUGUAGGUGUGCACAUGCGUGCACUAUGAGAGCCUGUUAUAUAUGUUACAUUAAUAUAUAGUUAAGAUUCUUAUAUAUAGUAAUAGAAACAUAGGGAUAAAGCUAUGUGUGUGUAUAUCUUUAUAAUAAUGAGAUGGAGAUUAUAUAUGUAAUAUAUAUUAAAUACAUAAUAUUGUAUAUUUAUAAUAAUGAGAUGGAGAAGGACCAAUAAAAUCUUUGGAGUCAUUCGGAGGUUCUAAAGUUAUCUUAUGACAAAGUAUUUUAAAAAGCAACAAACUUCAAGAUACAUUAUGACAAUUUGGCUUUCCUGGCCAUCUGUAUAGUGAAAGAUUUGUUUUUCAACAAAAUUUCGAUUAAAGAGGAAAUUCAAAAUAAAAUUUCUACCUGGGAAGAAAUGAGAAAAAAAGUAAUGAAACUAUUGUCUAUUAGAACUUAAGGAAUACAGUUAAAAUAGUCCUUGGAAGAAAACGUGCAACUCUAAACAUGGUUAAUGAAUUAAAAAGAGAAUAAAAAUAAAUCAAUAAGGUAUACAAUGUAUAGAAUUUAAGAACAAUAAAGUUUCCUAUGCAUAAGGAAAACAAGAAAAAUAAAUUUAUAAGAAUUGGCAAAAGAAAACUGGAAAUCAGAAAGGCCAUAGAAAUCAUAAACAUAAAAUGUUUUGGGAAAAUACCUAUAAAAUAGUAGCAGUAGAGUAACACAGAAAUUGUAAAAAUACUUUCAAAAUUCUGAAAGAAAUUAUUCUGCAACUUAGAAUCCUAUAUCCAGAAAAUUAAAUGUAAGGGCAGAACAAAAUUUUCAACAUGCAAAGGUCAAAACUUUUCUUCUAAUAUUCCAUUCCCCCCCCCACCCCC